GCCUUCAAAAUGAGAAUGUAAGUCCUUACAUACCAUUAAUCAUUCAUUCAUUUUGUACCAACCACUUUCUUCUUUCUUCAUCCACCCCACGCUUAUAAUCAAUCCCAAACAUUUCUUUAUUUCAUUUCACUUCAUUUCUACAAAAAUCGUAUAUAUUAUUUACAUAAAUAAAACUGUCGGGAAUAACAAACCUCUACAACGUUUGGCCGACCGUCGAUCGAUCGGCUUUCUUUCACCUUCGCCGGCACGAAAUCAUAAUUUACAAUGGCACAUCAUUAUGGUAUUUCCAUUCUACUAAGUUUGUGGAGGUGAAGGCGACGGAAUUUGUCGACGACCGGCGUUUCUUGCUAAUUCCAUCGGGAAAUAUAUAGAUACCUACAGUUUUAAUAAAAAAAAAAAUAAUUUUAAUUAAUUAGCGGCUACGAUGACAAGGCAGCAGAUCAUUCUGCGGUCGCCGGCGGCGGACCGCCGGCAGCCUCUGCUGGAGAACAUGGAGUCGUCGUCGGGGGGGAGCUUGAAGAAGGGCUAUCCCCGGAUCGUCGAGAAAUCGAAUUCCUACCCGCCACAGGGAAGCAACCGGCGAGCCAGGCUGGCGGAGGUCGCCGGCGGGACGACGGCGGAGUGCGCCGCCGUGGCCUGCUGCUGCCCCUGCGGCCUUGUCCAUCUCUUCGUCCUCGCCGCGUUCAAGCUUCCCGCGGGGCUGUGCAGGAAGGCGCUGAGACGCCGGCGCCGGCGCCGCCAGAUACAGAACGCGGGGCUGCUGGCGCCGCCGCGGAAGUGCAGCUGCGACGACAGCGUGAUGAUGCACAUCCACCCGGUUUCGAACCCCGCCGCCAUGGUCAACGCCAUUGAUUCCGACAACAGCGAAGUCAUCGAGCUGGAGAAGGAAAUGUGGGACCGAUUUUACGGCGCCGGUUUCUGGAGGAGUCCUUCCCAGAGAAGCGACAUCUCUGUCCAAAGUAAAUAAAAUUAAAUCAAAUCAAAAAUCAAAAAUCAAAAAUCAAAAAUCAAAAUCACACACACAAAAUUUUUAAUUUUAAUUUUACGCAACAAGACAACCUAGACAAAAAAACAAACCCACUUAUCUUUGCUUCCACCUCACCUCACUACACUUCUAAUUCAUCAAAUGCUUGUCCCAUUUGGGUAAAAAAAAAAAAAAAAAAAAAAAAGGUCAAUUAUUUGAUUUUUCUCUUUUUGUUUAACUAAUAUAGAUUUGUUGAUGUAUAGUAAAUUGAUGAGAGGUGUCCAUAUCAGAAGUGCUUAAUACUGUCCAUUUUUUUAAUUUUUAUUUUAAAUUUUGGUUAGUGUGUCGUGGAGUAAUUAUAUUGAUUGGCAAAUUAUAUAUAAUGAAUGAUAUAUGGGUUUGUCACAUUGAAGUCGACCCAAUGCUAUUAUAAUUAUACUACUGCUAUUUCGUCUGCCUAAUUAUUAUAUUGUGCUGAUAAAAGAUUUCUACAUUUAACAUUUAUUUGUGGGUGUUGUGAAUUUGACCAUUAAAUGGUUUAGUAUUAAUUAAUUAGGUCAGAAUCUGAUGGAUGUUAGAGAAUGUUAAUUAAGUGGAGUGGAGGUUAUUUUUUUGUUUUAUGAAACCAAAUUUGAUAUUCAAACAUUGAGUGGCAAUAGUU